AUCAGCAGCAGCAGCUUCUCUGUGGUCUGCAGGGGCUGAUGGGAGUUUCCAGGAGCUGCUAGAAAGCAGCUUUUCCUGCUCUGGUCUCACAGCUCGUCCUUGUUGGGUCUGGGCUGCAUCAGAGCUCCACUUCUCCCCAGGUUCACCAGAGGAAACACCACGGACCAAAAUGCUUUUCCUCCCAGCUGCUGCUCUGUGCUGUCUGUGUUCAGCGCUGGUUGCCAUGGCAGCAGGGCCGGUUCAGGACGAUGUAACGCUGACCAGGAGAGUUGGACAAAGUGUCUCCUUCAGCUGUGGAACUGAUCAGUGUUAUGGUGACUGGAUAUUCUGGCUUCAGAAAAAAGAAAUGGAAACUUUCAGACUCAUUCUUUAUAUUAACAGAAAAACCAGUAAAAUUUAUUCAGGCUAUAAUCAUCCUCAGAAAGCAGAUUUCUCAUCUGAAAAUACACAGAACGGUUAUUUGUUGAAGCUAAACAGAGUUAAACUGGAUCAUUCAGCCACCUACUACUGCAUGUGUGGGAAGAGAGUCGCCCACAGAUACGCGUACGAAAUCUUUGGACCUGGAAGUAAACUGUAUGUAACCGAUAAGCAGGUAGUGAAGCCCGUGGUGAGCGUGUACCCAGCAGCAUCCAGAGUCCACCUGGGGGGGGGCAGCUCCCUGCUGUGUGUGGCCUCAGCCAUGUUUCCUCCUGGGGUCCGGUUCUCCUGGAAAAGACAGAAGAAGAACGGCCCGCUGGAGGACGUCCCCCCUGCCGAGGGAGAGCAGGUGGAGCUCAGAGAGCCGGGACGCAGCGCCUCCAUCAUGGUGGUCCACCGCCUCCAUCAGGACACGUACGGAUACAGCUGCUACGUCAAGCACGAGGGCGGCACGGUGGAGGCCCAGACACAAGAGCUUCCAGCUCCAGCAGCCCCCUGUCCUCCAGAGAGAGAGCCAGCAGACCUGCCAGCUCCAGCAGAUCCAGGUUCAGGGGUUCCAGCUCCAGCAGAUCCAGGUUCAGGGGUUCCAGCUCCAGCAGAUCCAGGUUCAGGGGUUCCAGCUCCAGCAGAUCCAGGUUCAGGGGUUCCAGCUCCAGCAGAUCCAGGUUCAGGGGUUCCAGCUCCAGCAGAUCCAGGUUCAGAGAUCUUCCAGUCUGAGUGCAGGGUGAAGCUGCUCUGCCUGCUGUACACAGUGCUGACCCUGAAGAGUCUGCUGUACUGCUGUGGACUCUCUCUGCUGAUGGUCCUCAGGAACAAGGGGCCGUCCACCAACUGAACACAUGCUGACUGGUUUCUCUGAUAAUCUCACUCAUCACAUCAUUUAUACUCUUGAUAUACUCAAAUGAUUAACCGUCUUGGUGAUAUUUCAUCUUUUA